UCUGUAAGACAUGUAUCGUGCGCUACUUGGAGACCAGCAAGUAUUGUCCUAUCUGUGAUGUCCAAGUUCACAAAACUCGACCUCUUUUGAAUAUAAGGUCAGAUAAAACUCUCCAAGAUAUUGUAUACAAGCUAGUACCAGGCCUUUUCAAAAAUGAAAUGAAAAGAAGAAGGGAUUUUUAUGCUGCUCAUCCAUCAGCUGAUGCUGCCAAUGGCUCUAAUGAAGACAGGGGAGAAGUGGCUGACGAAGACAAAAGAAUUAUAACAGACGACGAGAUAAUAAGCUUAUCCAUUGAAUUCUUUGACCAGAAUAGACUGGAACGAAAAGGAAACAAGGAGAAGGACAAAUCAAAGGAAGAGGUGAAUGACAAAAGAUACUUGCGCUGCCCAGCAGCAAUGACAGUGAUGCAUCUAAGAAAGUUCCUGCGGAGUAAAAUGGAUAUACCUAACACUUUCCAGAUCGAUGUGAUGUACGAAGAGGAGCCUCUGAAGGAUUACUACACCCUAAUGGAUAUUGCCUACAUCUACACCUGGAGGCGGAACGGGCCUCUGCCCCUAAAAUACCGUGUCCGACCUACUUGCAAGAGGAUGAAGAUCAGUCACCAGAGGGAAGGCCUGAAUAAUAGCGGAGAGCUGGAAAGUGACUCUGGGAGCGACAAGGCGAGCAGCCCGGCGGGGGGCGUCCCCUCCACCUCCUCCUGUUUGCCCAGCCCCAGCACGCCGGUCCAGUCUCCUCACCCCCAGUUUCCCCACAUCUCCAGCACCAUGAACGGCACCAGCAGCAGCCCCAGCAGUAACCACCAGUCCUCCUUUACCAACAGAGUGCGGAAAACGUCGAUAAAUGGCUCCUCGGCCACUUCAUCUGGUUGACAUGCCAACCAGGCUACCACCCCCACCCCUCCUUUAUAUAGAUCUCUCCAUGCCAUUACAGCUUUAUAGAUGCUAAUCCAUGUGACUAUCGUCCAAAUUGCUUUCUUAAGUAGUGACACUGAACUUGGCUAUAAAAGGCAGACUGGGUGACAUUCAGGAUGGACGCUAAUGGAAACGCGAGAUUGAAAUGUAAAUUGUUUUCAGAGGACUGGGAAGCAAACAAAAGUGACACCUUCACCUGCUCUGAGUGAUGCGGAGUUGUUUCCGUCCCCAUCAUCUGGACUCGGGAGUCUCCAGAAGCCGAUACAAAUCCCGGGAAGCAGUUUGUUAAUCCAGACUAACUCCUCCAUUGCGUUCUCUUUGAUUGUUUGUUCUUACGCUGUUUUGUGAACCUGUAGGAAGCAAGUGCUUUUUCAUCUUGAAAUCCAACAAAAUGGAAAGAAUAUGCAUAGAAUAAUGCAUAUAUGUAGCCAUGUCACUGUGAAUAA